CUUUUAGGUUGCAAAAGCUCAUGGUGGCAGUAAUGCUGCUAAUCAAGUAGCUUAUCUCUGGGCUAAGAGUUUAGGUGGUGAUUCUGCCGUCAAGUUAUUGUCGAAGUUUGGUCUCCUUGAAGCUGCUGUUGAUUAUGCGACUGAAAACUACUCAUUUGAUUUUGCUUUUGAGAUAGCAAAGGCUGCUUUAAAGUCAAAAGUGCCUGAGAUUCAUUUAAAAUAUGCAAUAUAUCUUGAGGAUGAGGGUAAAUAUAGUGAAGCUGAGUUGGCAUUUAUUAGAGCUGGAAAGCCAAAAGAAGCUGUUCUUAUGUAUGUUCAUCAGCAAGACUGGGAUGCAGCUCAGCAUGUAGCUGAGGAGCACUCGCCCGAGAGUGUACCUGAUGUACUCAUUGGGCAGGCUAGGGUGGCUUUCCAGAAGAAGGACUAUCAAAAAGCUGAGAGUUAUUUAUUGAGAGCUGAUCGUCCUGACUUAGUGGUAUCUCAGUAUAAGGAUGCUGAAAUGUGGAACGAUGCUCUGAGGAUUAUUAAAGAAUAUUUGCCUCAUAAACUUGAUGAGUUUCAAAGGGAAAUGGCUGCAGUUGGAUUGGAAAGCAUGGCAUUUAUAUUCUAUAACAGAUUCCUGGAUCUCAGUGAAGCUAUUGAAGAGGGUUCAUUGGAUAUGAUUGAUAACAGCGAUUUUGUUGAUACUGAUAUUCCAUUUGAAGUACCACUACCAGAACAACCUUUCAUGACAGAGGAUAAACGAGAAGAGAUUAAGGAAUGGGUACUGGCCCUCUCCAUGGACAGACAGGUGGAACAAACACUACCACUUGAUGAUGAGAGACAGACUUAUGUUGCAUCACUGACGUCACCUCAUACUGGAGUCACUUUCAUUACCUUGCAUUGUAAACAGGUCCGGUACUAA